AUGCCUCCCAAGGACAUGAAAAAGCCUGCGGCUGCGACGAAGACCUCGGCGGCGCCAUCAGCUUUCACGGCAACGGAAGGUCAAAAGACCAAGAGAAAGAACGCGGACACACUUGGUUCCGUUAACAAGAAGCAGAAGACGACGAAUGCUGGACAGGUCGAGACAGAUUUCGAGGAGGGCGAGGCAGAUGCUGGAAGAGAGGAACCAACCGGGGAAGAUGGCGAUGAUCAGUCGGAUGCUAAUGAAGGUAAAGAGAACGACGAUGACGACGGCAAGUGUCUGGUGCGUCCUGACAAGGCGUGGAAUCUUGUCGAGCAGUCUCACAUUGAGAAGCAGCCAUUCAAGUCCUACAAGAAGUUCCUUACGACAGGAAGUUACGUGUCGAAGAUUACCAAACAGGAGGUCGACGAGAUAAUCCCUCCUAUAAUUCCUGCUACAGAGCUUCCAGAUUCGUUGUUCGACGAGUUCUGGACACGACGGGACGAGGACGACUUGCAGAAGACGUGGGCGGCUCACCCCAAACGCGAUCUGUGGAUGAGAAUUACAAACUCAAAAAGACUCGCCAGGCUAUGGAAAGUGUUCCUGCGCCUCUUUCGCAAGAGCCCGACCGAGGUCAUCUCGGCCAAGUACGCGCUGCAAUAUCAUCCGGAGCGGAAGAAGCAUGCCAAGAGGGCCAAGUACGACGAGGACGUCAAAAAAGAGAAGGAAGCCUCGCCGCUGUGGAGUGGGCCCUUUAUGGAGAAGCUGAUCAUCUUGGCACAUCACCCGCUGUGGCAGGGCAAGGUCGAGUGCCUCAUUAUCGCCAUCCAGUACGCAGUGAUUGUGCGAAACAACGACUGCCGGACGUGGAAGCUCCUGAACCCGACCGGGGAUGAGUUUUUCAACACCAUGAUCCGUUUUAUCAAGCAGCACGAGGGCCAGGGCAUGGAGAUGCCCAAGCUUCACAAGAUCGCCCGCGACGACAUGCAAGAGCGUGGCUUCCCGUGUGGCUGGUUCUCUAUGUUCAUACAGAAGCUAGAGGGCAGGCACAAGCGACCGCCACCGAGACAGACAGAGGACAACGGUCCCUACAAGGUCUCCAAUAUUCAUCUAAAGGACAUUUUGAAGGCGCUGACGGACAUGGAUCACCAGGGAAUGCCGCUGUUCAGGUACACGGGCGAGGGCUACGGCAUGGAGGCGGGCAAAUUCAAGAUGCAAAACGAUUUGCCGUCGAGGGACGUCAUAUCGGAAUAUCACGAGCGUAGAAUACUCGUGGAGCGCCGCUGGGUGGCCUUGCAGAAGAAUCUCGCGGACCGAGAAAGGCCCGUCGAGUCUUCGACGGGGCUUACGGUCAGUGGAGAGGCGACCGGCUCAAGCUCCACCCAGACCGAUAUCGACCAGCUGAAUGAGAGGCUUCGAGUGUUGGAAGACGAUAAUCUUGAGUGGCAAACGAAAUAUCAGGAGCUGCAGCGGCAUAACCCGGUCCCGUCUUCGGAUGCGAUGGAGGACCCGAACGACGACGAGGUAUAA